AAGAGAGGACGAGAAGACCAUGAAGCUCCUCCUGCUCCCAAAGGUCGUGGACCUCAGCAACAAAAUGCAUCAGGACCAUCAGUUCACGUGGUGACGUCGCUACCACCCUCAUCACCACCACGACAUCCGUCUGUUCCUUCACCAUCUCACGGGCUAGUCAUCACUCGAGGCACUUUUAGUUACGAGGUGCUAGCAAGCGCCACCAGUGGAUUUUCCGAGGCCAAUUUGUUAGGACGUGGAGAAUAUGGAUACGUGUACAAAGGUAUUUUGUCUCACAGAAUCGAAAUUGCUGUGAAACUAAUGAAGGCUGGGAGUGCUCAAGGAGACCGUGAGUUUCAGUCAGAGAUCAAUAUAAUUAGCCGAGUUCACCACGAGCAUUUGGUUGCUCUUGUCGGUUAUUGCGUCACAGAUUCUCACAGAUUGCUUGUUUAUGAGUUUAUUCCCAACAAAACUCUCGAGUUUCACCUUCAUGGGAAAGGACGGCCUCCUAUGAAAUGGAGCUCAAGAUAUAAGAUUGCUGUUGGUUCUGCCAAAGGAUUGUCGUAUCUUCAUCAAACUUCUCUUUUCCAUCAGAUUGCUAAUUUUGGUCUUGCCAAGAUUAGUCCAGAAACAGAGACACAUGUAGCUACACGUCUGAUGGGAACCUUUGGGUAUUUAGCUCCAGAGUACGUUGCAACCGGAAUGCUCACAGACAAGUGUGAUGUGUACUCAUUUGGCACUGUACUGUUAGAGCUAAUAACCGGACGUCAUCCUAUAAAUGCAAACAAUGACUAUGGAGAUGACAGCUUUAUUGAUUGGGCACGAUCAUUACUUUUACGAGCGAUUAAAGAAGACAACUUUGAGGUUAUAGUUGAUAAGAAUCUGAAUGAGUACGAUAGGGAAGAGAUGGGUCGCAUGAUAGAAACUGCUGGAGCUUGUGUUCGCUAUGCAGCCGGCCGCAGGCCUCGCAUGAGCCAGGUAAUUUAA